AUGGCGCAGAGGACCCUCCGAUCCAAGGCGCCGGCCAACCAAAAGGGGAAGGCCAUUUACUCUGCCUCUGCCAGCUGCUGGGAGCGGGGUGAGAGCUCCGGCGUAAAUGCUCAGGAUGGGGAUCCCCUUUCACCAAAUUGGCAGGUCUCAAGGAAAAAGCACUGGUGGUGCAAAGAUCCAGACCUGCAAGCGGCGAACUCCGGGAAGCCACGCCGCAUGGAAGAGCACCCCGCUCCGGGGCAUCCCAUGGCGGACCGCGACGGCUAUAAAAAGCACCUCGCCGGCCGGUGCCGCGGUACAACUUCCGCGUCACCAGACUCACCUCUGCCUCCUUCCUUGCGGACUUCAAGUUCGCGCCUGAAAGGGACAGGUCCAUCUACAAGAGGUCCAUCAACAUCGGCAGCUCACCACUGUCCAUCAGGCCGUGGUGCCACUGAGACAACCUGGUGGUACCACGUCAAGGUGACCAUGGAGAACGUCCUGCUGGAGGCGUGGAAUGAAGACGGCGUCAAGCUGAUCCUGGGCGACGCGUGCAUCUUCGACAGGCUCGACAGUCACUCCGCGUCGAGGGAGUCGAGAGACUCGCAGUUCCUCACCUGCUGGGUUUGGAUGGAGAGCGCAGACGUCCUUCCGAAGGCCAUGGAGUACUGGUACUUCGCGGCGAAGGCUGGACAGGCACUCGACAUCCUCAACCUGCCAUCCCCUGCCCGCAUCCCAUCCACGCCGCCGGUGGGUAAAUUCAGCGACAAGGUCAUCCUGAUCCACCUGGUGGGGUACGAGGACUGGACGCCGCGGACUCCUAGAACGUCGAGCUCUGGGACCUCCUCGGAGAACGGGAGUUCGGCGCCGACUUUCGUCCCAUUCGACUGGGCCGCGGGGGGUCCUGGACGGCCGUCAGCCUGCACAGGCGCGCCCACCGCGCACUGGCGCGUGCAGCCCACUGGUGACCCAGCUGCCGCGUCACGACCGCGACCCCGACAACGACCACAACGGCCCGCGCCGCCACCAUGA